UUUCUUCUACCGCCCUAAUCACCUUCGACUCCUAGCAUAAAAUACAUACGAAAUGGAAGGUCAAGAUAUACUCUAUGAGGUCAGAGGUAAAGUGACUCUCAUCACUCUCAAUCUUCCAUCCAAGCUCAAUGCUUUGAAUGGUGAUCAAUAUCUUCUUUUAGCCAAGCUCGUUGAAAGAGCUGACAGAGAAGAAGACACUGUCCUUACUUUGAUUCAAUCUACAGGUCGUUAUUUCUCUGCCGGUGCUAACAUUGCCGAUAAGGGACUCCUGAAUGUUGACAGCAAGGAUUUAUUUUCUCAUGAAUAUUGGUUAAACAAGUUUGUGUCCAGAAAUGUGUUCCUUGCCGAUUUGUUCCACAACCAUACCAAGGUCCUUGCUGCUGCCCUUAACGGACCAGUCAUUGGUCUUUCAUCGGCUCUUGUUUCCUUGUGUGACCUUAUCUAUGUCAUGGAUGAAAAGAAGAUGUUCCUCUUGGCACCAUUCUCCAACUUGGGACUUGUUGCUGAAGGUGCUGCCCUGGCCACUUUAUUCUUGAGACUUGGAUGGUCUAAAUCUGCUGAAGCUUUGCUUUUCGCCCGUCCUAUCCCAGGUACCGAAUUGAACAAGCUUGGAUUCAUCAACAAGUCAUACCAUGACACCAAGUUUGAGUCUGUGGAAGCUUUCAAUCAACAAGUUCAUGAUGACUUGGUUAAGCAAUUCAGUAACCUUUAUGAGCCAUCCAUCUUGGAAAACAAGCAAUUGUUGAAGGCUAACCGUGAUCAACUCAUUAACUCUGCUAGUCAGCGUGAAGUGAUCAAGGGUUUCAACAAAUGGGUUCAAGGUGUUCCACAAGAAAGAUUUAUGCGUUUGUAUCAAAAGGAUAUUCAACAUAAGAUGUAAACGUUUGUACGUUAUUUAUAGGAAUAAAUUAUAUAAAUGGAAGA